UUGCUCAUUGGGCUAUUGUUUGUGUCGGUUUCAUGUUAUUGCGUUCGGCCUCGGAAAGUUAAAAUUUAUUUUGCUUUGUAGUCUGGCAUAAAAUUUGUGUGUUUAACUACGUUUCAUAACUAAAAAAUCUGAGGAAAAGGUGGAAAUGGAGUGGAUUGUACAGCUUUGAGUAUUAUUUAGUAUAUCACAACAGGCAGCUGUAUGCAUCGUAUCACGGUCAAUGGAAAAUAAUGACGAAUCCAAAUGCUCAAAACGACGCUCGAACCGGGUUAAGUACGAAUGUAAAACGUGCUGCAAGACCGUAUUUUCUAAGUCUCACAAGAAGUUCCACGAUGAAGUGCAUCGAACCACCCGCUACUCAUGCAACAGCUGCAGCAAAACCUACGUACAUAAGCGUGAUUUGGAGCUGCACCACAAGGUGCACAAUGCAUCGGGCCGCUUCCACUGCACCAGAUGUACGGCCAGCUUCGACAGUGCGGCAAAUUUGCAGUCACACAAAGAAUCGAAACAUCUACCGAAGGAGAAAUUUGCGUGUGAAUUGUGUCCGCUGACGUUUACCCUAAAGGGUAACCUUACAAAACAUCUGAUAGUGCAUGAAGGCAAUCGGUCGUAUGCGUGCGACGAAUGUGGCAAAACGUUUCUGCGCACAAAUGCGCUCAAGCAUCAUAAGCUGAGCCACCGGGUGAAGCGUUAUCAAUGCCAGGCCUGUGGUAAGGAGUUCAUCGAUGCUCGCAACCUUGAACGGCACCUUAAAACCCAUUCGCGACUGAAAGGCUUCAAGUGUUCCAUUUGCGGUGUUACGAGUACGCGCAGGGAUAAUAUAGUGCGGCAUGCGAAAAGUUUCCAUCCCGAAGGUGAUCUGAAAGUGAUCGUUCUAGCAAACGACAGCAUUAACGAUGGUGAGAUCGAAGCAAUCAAACGAGAGGCGCAAAAGAGCACCAAACCGGUGCAACCUACCCCGACAAACCGGAUCAGCGUAAUACAGGUGGUUGGAACGCCAAAGACACCGAUAGCGGCUGUGCCAACGACAGCUGGCGACCUAGCGUCCGCGAACGCCGUCUCGCCGGCUCGCGACCUGAACCAGAUCGGCGGUCCCUCCUCCGUGAGGCAAGAACCAUCGAAAGCUUCUUUUAAUGCCCGACUCGAUAAUCUAGAACUUUAUCGAAAAAUCCUUAAGCCUGCCACUUCGCAAAACAAUAGUAACUGCAACACCACGACUGCCAACAGCAGUCGAGCAGCGGAUGUAGGUCAACCUAACCUGCCAGUCGACGAUAGUGACACAUAUAAAAACGGUCGCCUACCGUCGGCCGAACUCGGCAACUGUGAUAUCGCAGCCGAAAAAGCUGGCGACCGAGACGGAGACGGAGGCGCUGGUGGCAGUGGCAGCGGUACUAUCAACAACGGCAGCAGCAGCAGCAGCAGCAGCAGCGGUCUAGGAUCUAUUAAUAAUUUCUGUGAAGUUCACUGGCGUAAGCGCAACUCGCAGUACUUUAUUACUAGCAGCAAGGCGCAGACCGAUCGUUCGUUCGUGUAGUGCGUGUGCAGUCGACAGACACGGUCAAGCGGCAGUGCUUGUAGGGAAAACAACAGACGAGAAAGGUGCUAACCCCGGAACCAUGCUCGAUCGGAAGCCAACAGACGCGGAUGAGGAAGAUCAACAGAUUAUGGCGAGUUUUAUGAAAACCAAAAAGUGGCGCAAGAUCUUAGAACUAGGGCAAGAACUAACGCCCGCCCAGCGAUCAAACUAUUUGUGGGCCUGGCCCCUUGAACACGACGUGGAACGGUUCAGUGACGCACUAAGUCGCCACGGUAUACAAAAUAUUGCCAGCAUUGGCUGCGGUACUGGAUUGCUCGAGUGGAUCAUUGGCUGUGCAAAUGACACAGUUACUGUUGUCGGCAUUGAGAUCGAUCAGGAAUGGUGGAGCUCAAAGUACUCACCGGUCCGUUACAUUCCACUAGUGUUCGUCGAUGGGUCAGACAGUUCCAUCAAGGAAGUAAUGUCCAAAUGGCACGACGAUCCCCUAGCUUCACUUUUGUUCUGCUACUUCAACAAUGGCGUAGCGUUUGAACAGUAUGUAAAAGAGUUUAACGGUCGCUUCGUAAUACUGAUUGGUCCGGACGGUGAAAAGGGUGUGCAUACCAAUCCCUUGCCUUUGGCACCCGGUGAAUGGUUUUGCCGUGAGUGGAAGCUGGUGAACGAUUUCACCAUCGGUAGUGAAAACAUUAAUUGCGUUGCCAUCUACGAGCGGAUACGGUCUGACCUCUUAACCGUUUAGCAAACAAUCAAAUGAACAUUAAAUACUUCGUUUUGAUAGCAUCAAAUAUAAAACGGGUAAAGUAUU